AUGCAGGCUUCAGCAACAUUGGUGCACAAUCUCAAAGCUCACACCGAUGAAGUUGCACGACUAUCAUUCUCCCCAGACGGAAAAACACUAGCAGCUAACGAUGACUCAACAAUCAUACUCUGGGAUAUCGAUACAGGAUCUCUUCGCAGCAAAUCCGAGCCUGUAGACGAUAUGUUUUUCGGCAUGGCUUUCUCGCCAGACAGCAAAUGGAUAGCGACAGCAUCUGAUGAAGGACAUGGUCGGAUUUGGAACGUCGAGACGGGAGACUUGGUGCAUACCGUCAGUGUUGAGGAUGAACGAAUGCUGUCAGUGGUGUUUGAUAAGGAUAGCAAGGUUCUCGCUACUGGCUCUGAGGUCUUGAGGAUCUGGGAUGUAGGUACUGGAGAACUGCUACAUACGCUGUUGGCCCCUGGCGAUCAUUCAUUGUCGUUCACAGCAAUGUAUGAGAGAAAUGAAUACCCAGGGGAAAUCAUCACAGUCGAUUUCUCUCCGGACAGCAAGUGGUUGGUAUCUGGCUGUCCAAACGCCUCCACGGUGUGUAUCUGGAACACGCAAACAUGGAAGCUGGAACGCACGAUCCGAGGAUACUAUGCAUUCUUCUCGCCCGAUGGUCAGCAUCUAGCAGUCCCGAUCGAUGAGCACCAGAUCAUCCAGAUAUACGAGACACUUACCUGGCAACUGCAAAGCACUCUCAAGGCCGAAGAGGAAGAACUCUUCUCAAGCUCAUUCUCGCCUGAUAGCAGAUCCAUUGCUACAUGGUCAGAUCGUCAAAUAAAGCUAUGGUGUGUCAAGACCGGCGAAGUCAUCAGAACAAUUGAAGAUCGCCGAGAAGGAUCAGUCGGAGAUCCUCAAGAAGAGGCCUCCGCACUUGUCUUCUCACCUGAUGGAAGAAUCUUGAUUUCAGGCGCGGAGAAGUGUGAGUUCAGGGUUUGGGAUGUCGCAGAUGAGAAUUGUUUGUUGAUGCUUAAACAUGAAGACGGAGCCAGAGAUCCUUGGAGUGGUUGGGUCAGAUGGGGUUCUCCAACAUUCGAAGUUUUGUUUGGUGAUGAUGGAGCCAAAGUCGCAAUCGCAUUCCCUGAUGGCAGCAUAAGGCUUUGGGAUGUGAGGUGGGAGCCAACAUGA